AUGGAGUGGUUUUGUGGAAGAAGCAAUACUACUGAUGUUAUCGAAGACGUCAUAUGGAACCACGAAUUUACCUUAAACAAUGCCUGUUUUGUUGAUCUCGUUAAUGCGGCGAUUAAUUUGUUCUACCUGGUGGCGGCGUCUAUAGUCCUCAUAGUGUUGUCUUGUUUCACAACCUUACGUCACUACUUCUCAAAUAUAUUGUUACAGUUUCCUGGACACGACGUACGAUGGACUCUGUCAAUAGUUCUCUGGUGUGUUCUGUUGUGUGCACUAGGAGAGGGAAUUCUAACAGAUUUAUCGAGAGAUGGACCGACACAGCCUCACCUGUAUAUACCUCAAGCUUUGGCAUUUCUUAACGGGUUUAUAUUCCUAGUUUAUUACCAUCACAUGGAAUAUUGGAAUCGACCACAUCUAGUCUGGUUAUUACUGCUAUAUUGGAUUCUGUUAAUUGGUGGCCAGGUUAUCACUCUAAUCAACUUGGAUUACCAAGGAGCAACUGGUUUAGAAGUUCUACGUUUUGAUAUAGCUAUCGUGUUACUGGCAAUGUACUUUAUUUACGCAAUAAUGGAAUUCAAUGUAAUCAGGGCUAAGAUAUUCGGCUGGUUCUACGCCGACGAGAUCUUGCAACGAGACCUUCGCAAAGGUAAUCUCCGCUUUGUUCAUGAUUAUACAAGUUUGAUGUCGAGGACGACGUUCCACUGGCUGAACUGGUUGUUGAAAAUUGGAUAUAAACGACCAAUUGAAGUAGGCGAUCUUGGCGCUUUGCCUGAGAAGCACGGAGACAUAUAUCAAUAUGGCUGUUUCUUGAAAGCGUAUGAGAAAGAAAGGGUACGGGCCACAACGAAAGGUGUAAUCCCAUCACUGCUGAGAACACAGUGGAAUGCAUAUGGAAGCGACUUAAUUCUCUCGGCGACACUGCAGUUAGUGAGCAGUUUAUUGGGAUUUAUUGCUCCAGUUGCUCUUGGUGGUGUUGUUACCUAUGCCACUACACUGUAUUACAACCUCGAACCUAGCCAUGAGUCUACUAAUUAUUAUAUAACAGUUUCCAGUUUCUUCAGUAAUGGAUUUGUGCUUGUCACUAUCAUGUUCAUUUCAACGACGUUGAAAUCCCUAACUCUACAGUACGCAACAUACAUCCAGACGAUCAAAGGAAUGCAUGUACGGACAGCAUUACAGAACCACGUGUAUGAGAAGUCUAUGCGACUGUCUAGUUGGACGAUGACCAGUGGUGACAUGACUAUGGGUCUAAUUACCAACCACAUGUCCGUCGACGCAAUCUCCUUCUAUUGGUGGUAUUUAUUUAUCAACUACUUAUGGACCGUGCCAUUUCAGAUAAUAGUUCUUUUGGUUCUACUAUACAAUGAGCUCGGAUAUGCCGCUCUGAUUGGUGCCUCUGUGUUUUUGAUUGUCGUUCCUAUUCAAUUGAAAGUUGGCGGAUACAUGUCAGCUGCACAGAAACAAGUAUUGCAAAAUGCAGAUGAUCGUCUUAAAAAAUCCAAUGAACUACUACAAGGGAUGAAAUUGCUUAAGUUAUAUGGAUGGGAGGAAAUAUUUUGUUUAGCUAUUGAACAAGUGCGUAAAAAAGAAAUGAAAAAGAUGUUAAAACUUGGCGGAUUCUUGAUAGCUACAAAUGUCAUAAGCAUGAUGACGUCACCAAUCAUUACAUUAGUCUCCUAUGCAGUCUAUUCGUUUGUGAGCCCUUUUCCCCUGACGCCUGAGUUGACGUUUUCCUCACUAGCAUUGUUUCAGCAACUCAUCAUGCCGCUGUUUGUGUUGCCAAUGACCAUCGCCUUCACAGUCAACGCCAUCGUCAGUGGCCGUAGACUUGAGAGAUAUUUUGUAGCUCCCGAGAUUGAAGAGAAUGACGAUGGUCGUGCUGCACUAUGUUCAGCGGAACAGCAGUUCAAAGAAGGAGGAGAUUUGGGGGAGGACGAAGAUGACUUGUUGGAUGUAGAGGGUAAUCUAGUACAGGCACCGAGCCGAUCGCUGAGUAACUCGUUCAAAUAUGAGAGAAUUCCACCUGAUGACGUGGACUUCAAGUCAAAUCUAGUGACCAAUGGUAGUACCACGGGGGUAUACGGCACAUUUCAUCGGGAUACUUCAGUCACAGAUUUUGAAAGAACGACAUCACAUAGCGUGCCUGAAAAUACAGCUGUUAUGAUAACGAAAGGAUCAUAUUCUUGGGAUACUGAUAAUCCAGUUGCUAUUUUAAGUGACAUCAAUCUGGUUAUUCCGGCAGCAAAAUUAACAAUGCUGGUUGGUCUGGUUGGUAGUGGCAAGUCAUCUAUAUUAUCGGCCAUAUUAGGUGAAAUGACCACACUAUCUGGUCGCGUUCUCUUCAACAGAAAAAAGAACCGUAUUGCGUAUACCCCUCAAACAGCCUGGUUACAGAACAAUACGUUUAAAGAGAAUAUUCUUUUUGGGGAACCUUUCAAUGAAAAAAGAUACAAACAAGUGCUUGAUGCCUGUGCACUCCAGCCUGACAUAGAUAUAUUACCAGCUGGAGAUCUAACAGAGAUUGGAGAGAAAGGUAUAAACCUCAGUGGAGGACAGAAACAACGUGUUAGCUUGGCAAGAUGUAUGUACAGUAACACCGACAUCAUUAUAAUGGACGAUCCGUUGGCGGCUUUGGAUGUGCACGUAGGAAGUCACGUGAUGCACGAAGGGAUUCUGGGAUUUGUGAUGAAGGAACAGAGAACAGUAAUUUUAGUGUCACAUCAGCUGCAGUACUUACAGUACGCACACAAGAUUAUCGUAGUAGAUAGCGGUCGUAUUUAUCGUCAAGGUAACUUAGACGAGAUCACCAACGACGAUCCUCAGCUGCUCGGCGAGUGGGGCAAAUCAAUGCUAUUACAAAGUGAAUCAGAAAAAGAGAGUGGAACCGAGGAGGAGACCACCGAGCUGGAAAGGAAAGAGCUGUUGAAACAAGUCUCCAUGGUACCCGGAGAAGAGCUUAAGUUCGAAAAAGGCACAACUCUUAUAGAAGAUGAAGAGAGCGAACAUGGAUCAGUGUCAUGGAGAGUAUACCUUGCCUAUGCUAAAGCUGUUAAGUUUCCGAUGGUAUUAGCGGUGCUUGCGAUAUGGACCUUACAGACAUCAGCGACGGUAACAAACAACUUCUGGUUGUCAGCUUGGUCAGAGAGUGGGGUCAAUGCCACGCUGUUUAAUGUUACCGAGGAUGCAAGCGACGACCUCGGUUAUUGGAUUGGCGGUUAUGCAUUAAUAAGCACGAUCGCUGUAAUACUGGGAUUAUUUGGAUCUUCAGUGCAGAUCAUGUCAGCACUGAUUGCUGCCAAACGAAUCCACAUCGCUCUGCUUCACAACAUCAUUCACGCACCAAUGAGGUUCUUCGACACGACUCCCGUUGGCCGUAUAUUGAACAGGUUUUCAAAUGACACCCAAAUGAUUGAUCAGAAAUUAAUGCAGACGAUAAACAGGCUACUACUCAUAGUAUUUCAAGUUAUUGCAGCUCUUGUUGUCAAUACCGUUGUGGUGCCAAUGUUUCUGCUGUUUGUCAUGCCUGUGUUGAUUAUCUACUAUUUCAUUCAAACUUAUUAUAUAGCGACCUCAAGAGAACUUCAGCGUCUGGACAGCAUAACCAAAUCACCGGUAUUCGCUCACUUCUCUGAAACGUUGGGGGGAUUGACCACAAUCAGAGCAUACAGACACGAGCGACGAUUCCGUCGAAAUUUAUUCAAGAAAAUCGACACAAAUAAUAUCGUAUUUGUGUUUUUACAAAUGGUUAACCGAUGGCUAGCAGUAAGACUAGACCUAGUUGGUGCAUUCAUUGUUCUUAUAUCUGGACUUGGUGCCUUGGUAAUGUCAGCUCUUGGCAACAUCCAACCGAGUUUGGUGGGCUUAGCACUCACGUACUCCUUACAGGUAUCUAUGUAUUUAAAUUGGUUGAUUCGUCAAACUUCCGAAUUGGAAAUGCAAAUGAAUGCGAUGGAAAGAGUUGAACAUUACACACAUAUCCCAGUUGAACAGUACGAAGGGAUUUACGCACCCCCACCAGAGUGGCCCGAUAAAGGCGAUGUCCGAUUCACGGACGUUUGUGUACGCUAUUCUACUGAUCUGGGCGCUGUCUUACGUGAUGUUACCGUACAUUUCAAAGCAGGCGAAAAGAUUGGCGUAUGUGGUCGCACGGGAAGUGGGAAGUCAUCACUCGCACUAACCUUGUUCAGGCUAGUAGAUACGUUUAAAGGUUCUGUUGUCAUCGAUGGAAUUGACAUAUCUCAAGUUCCGCUAUUGACACUUCGUAACAGAAUUGCAAUUAUUCCACAGGAUCCUGUGCUGUUUGCUGGCACUAUCAGAUUCAAUCUUGAUCCACUGGAACAAACAGCAGAUGAUAAACUAUGGAAGGCACUAGAGAUUGCGCAGUUGAAGCAUACCGUUUCCGAACUCGAUGACCAGCUUGAUGCGGAAGUGGCUGAAAAUGGCGAAAAUUUUAGUUUAGGUCAACGACAGUUGUUCUGUUUAGCAAGAGCUUUUCUGAGAAAUGCAAGAAUCCUCGUUAUGGACGAGGCAACGGCGUCAAUUGAUAUGCAAACCGAUGCGAUUCUACAGGAAGUGGUUGCUACAUCUUUCAACAAUGUAACAGUCAUAACGAUUGCUCAUCGCGUUGCUACAAUCAUGGAUUCGGACAAUAUACUUGUGUUGAGUGAUGGCAAAAUAGUAGAAUAUGACACACCCGAGAAUCUCUUAAUUGAUGAGAACAGUGUUUUCUCUUCAUUGAUAAAAGGGAAAAACUAG